UUAAGCAAUUUUUAUAAAAGAAAAAAAGUUGCAGAAAGGAGUUCUACGCGAAAAAAUUCAAAACACCCCGGUGCUGGAUCGACCAGAGUUAUUUUUUUUGAAGCUCGGCGCGGCAAUCCCAGCCAAGAGAACUUUUUCUUUACAACGGUACCUUCAGAUCGCGCCGCCAAAGAAAUCGCAAAGUUGUGGGAUUUUUAUAUAACAAUCCCAUAUGCGCUACAGUUUCGACGUAGUCCAUUUUUAUUUUUAUAAAUUCGUUACAAUAGCUAUUCUAACAAUAAAUUGUCACCAUUUUACUGCGAGGCCUAUGAUACUUCUAUUGUGUCUAUCGGAAAGUAUCGAUUUUAUGAAUUCACAAUAAUCCACCUUGCGAAAACUAGUUGUGUAAAUUUCUGACAUUAGUUUCUCAUUGUUUAAAUAGUACAUAUACUUAUUUUACUAAUCAAAUGGUUCCUAAAUUAUUAUUAAAGAGAUGCAUAGAAAAAGCUUUAUUUGCUUCUCCUAUGAUACGUUCCUUUUCCAACAUAACUCCAAUACAAAUGGCGUAUACACUUUAUGGGGAAAAUAACUCUUCACAUUUGCCUCUAAUAAUAAUGCAUGGGCUCUUUGGAUCCCAGCGUAAUUGGAAAACUGUUGCUCGAACAUUGGAAAGUAAGGUGGAUAAAAUGAUAUUUACUGUAGAUGCAAGAAAUCACGGGGAUAGUCCCCAUACAUCUGAGCAUAGUUCUGCGCACAUGGCAGCAGAUAUUUCAGAAUUAAUGAAAAGUAAAGGAAUUACAAAAGCAUGUGCAAUGGGCCAUAGCAUGGGAGGUAGAACGAUGAUGCAUUUAGCUCUUAAGCAUCCGGAACUUGUGGACCGGGCAAUUAUUAUUGACAUAUCUCCCAUUGCAGUUCCGCGAGACUUUCAUCAAAUGGAUGAAAUAUUUAAAGCUAUGGAAAAUGUUGAUAUUCCUGCGAAAUAUUCAUUAGGACAAGGGCGCAAAAUAGCUGAAGAUCAAAUUAAAAAAGCAGUGGGAGUCCAAGCAACUGUUGAGUUUAUAUUGAUGAAUUUGAGAAAACGGAAUACUGGAGAAUUCUAUUGGGUUCCUAAUAUUGGUACUCUUCACAAAAAUUUAAGAUUAUUCAACGAUUUCCAGGAGCAUGUAAAGGAUUUACCACCUUUUAGAGGACCAGUGAUGUUCAUCUGUGGAAAUCAAUCCAAUUUUGUUGAUCCUAAUACUUGGCCGGAUAUUCAAAAAAUGUUUCCUAACUCGGAACUACAUUGGCUUGAUGCGGGUCAUUUAGUCCAUUUUGAUCAGCCGGAAAUGUUUGUUAAUUUAGUCAUGGAUUUUUUGAGGCGAUAAUUUUAAAUAAACUUACGAAAACAAAAUAGAAUCUACGACAGAGAUAAAGAGAUGUCCAACUCAUCUCCCAUUGGAAGAAAGAGAGCAAUUCCUAAACGCCAAAACCUCCUGAACUCGAUCAGCUGUAGAAGUUCUCGAUAUAUUAAAUGACCACUAUAUAGUAAGUUUCAAUCGUAAUAAAUGUUAGUUGUUUAAAUUUAAAUACCCAAAAAUUAUUAUUUUGUCCGAUCUGGCUAUAAUGGAAAAUGUUAUAAAAAACGCUAUUUUGAGGCGCUCUCACACUGUAAUAAGUUGGACAUCCCUUUAUCCCUGGCUAAGUUGUUGGAAUUAGAAAUAAAGAUAAAUGUAUGUAUAGGCAUUAA